GUCGAGGCUGAGUGCCGCAAUGGACUCGCCGGCGCAGGUCUAGGUUCAAUGGAUGCAGCUUGGGGCAAUACAUGCGGUAGGCACAUCGCCUGCAGGAGUUGAUGUCGCAGCUGGCGCUGAGCGCUGGCCAGGAGCUGAUCAUCAUGGCGCUAGCAGCUGCUAGUAGUGUGGAGCUAGCAGGCUACAAAGCUGCAGAUCCGGAUGUGGAUGAUAGUUCUGGUGUGCUAAUAGACACUGCAGACGAGAGGCGGAAAAGUUUCGCUUCCGAGGGCAGUGAACCUCAAGGCGAGGAGGACAAAUGGACGUCCAUUUUCAGCUCCGGGCAAGAGGACCCGCAGUGGGCUCGUCUGGAGAGAGGCAUCAUCCAUCCGCACAGCAGGAAGUACACCAUCUGGUCAGGAGUCAACGCGGUGCUUGUGGCGUACUGGACCUUUGCAACCUGGCUCAUCUGGGGUUUCAUUGGCCGGCCCUCCCUUGCGCUGGUCGUGGUACAGGCCGUUAUCUCAUGCUUCUUUGGACUGGACAUCUUUGUCCGCUUCCGCGUCUCCUACUUGGACACCAAAACAUUGACAUGGGUCCAGGACCCCAACAAGAUUGCUAAGAGGUACCUGUUGCGGGGCUUUUUGUUUGACGCCCUGUCCAUCCUCCCCAUCGACCUGGUGUUUUACAUUGCCAGCAGUCACUCCGCGGAGGGCUACUUGGGGGACUGGCUGCGCACCCUGGCCCUCCUGCGCAUGGUCCGCCUCACCGACACCUUCAACUUCUUUGCCAGGUUCGAGAAGGAUGGGCAGUCCGUGUACAAAAGCCUGAAGUUUUUCAAAUUGGGAAUGCUGGUAUUCCUAUCCGCGCACAUUGCCGCGUGCAUGCUGUGGUUCAUCUGUCGCCAGGAGGUGCGCCACAGCGGCGACCCCACCGGCUGCAUGUUUGGCGCCACGAGCGAGGACUGGCAGCAGUGGCCGCUCUACAAGAAGUGGGUCACCUCCUUCUACUGGUCCGUGCUCACCGUCUCCAGCAUCGGCUACGGGGACUACAUGCCAGUCACCCAGUUUGAGCGCCUCGUGGUGUGCGCAUAUGAGAUCUUUGGGCUGGGAGUGCUUUCGUACUGUUUGGGCUCCAUGGAGGUGAUGCUGGUCCGAGAAACGGACAGGACGGGCCGCUACCACGACAAGGUGCGCGCGCUGAACGACUACGCGCUGCGCAAGUCGCUGCCGGGCGCGCUCAAGGGCGCACUGAAGCAGCACCUGGUGCUGGAAAUGGCAGUGGACAAGGUGCGCCCCGACGUGCUGAACGCGUUCCCGCACCACCUCAAGGCCAAGGUGCUGCGCAGCCAGUACAAGGACCUCGUCGCGCGCACCGCGCUCUUCCACGGCACCUCCCCGCAAUUCCUGGACCAGGUGGUGGGCGAGAUGUCGUUGGAGAUCCAGCUGCCCAACACGGCGGUCGUGACGGCCGGGGACGUGGCGGAGAGCCUGUACGUCGUGGUCCGCGGGACACUCACCAGGGAGACCGCCGCGGGGCAGCCCGUGGCUGGCGGCGGCGCGCUGGGCGCGGGCGGCGUGUUCGGCAAGGUGGCGGUGCUGUACGCGGUGCCGCAGGUGGCCACGGUGCGCACGGCGGAGGUGUGCGAGCUGCUGCGCGUGGACAAGGCCACGCUCACGCGCAUCCUGCGCGCGUAUCCCGAGGACAACCGCCACAUGCUCGCCAACAUGACGCGGCGUGCGCAGGCAGCGCGCAGCGCGGGCGACGGCGCGCAGGGGCUCGCGGUGGAGCUGAGCAGCGUGCUGGAGGCGCAGGACGCGGAGGUGACGCGGCGGCUGUGCAACACGGCCGCGCGCGGCAACGCGGAGCGCCUGCGCGAGCUGCUCGUGGCGCCCGGCGCGAGCAACGGCGCGGACUACGACGGCAGGGCGCCGCUGCACUUCGCGGCGGCCGCGGGGCACGCGGGCUGCGUGGACGUGCUGGCCAAGGCGGGGGCCGACGUCAACGCGCAGGACCACCUGGGCCGCACCCCGCUGUUGGAGGCGGUACUCGGUGGCCACGUGGAGUGCGUAGCCGCGCUGCGGGCGGCAGGGGCCGGGCUGAACCUGAAGGAGCCGGGGCGCACCUUGUGCCACGUGGUGGCCACAGGGGCCACCGUCAGCCUGGCCGCUCUGCUGGAGUGCGGCGCGGACCCCAAUGCCACCAACUACGACGGGCGGACUGCCUUACACGUGGCAGCUGUGAAGGGCGCGGAGGAGGCAGCCCAGCUGCUGCUGCACGCUGGGGCGGGUCCCCACGUGGCGCCAAAGGGAGUGCCGUCGCCGCGAGAGGAAGCCGAGGCUGCGGGGCAGACCAACCUUGUCCGUCUGUUCGAUCAGGCAGGGGCCGGAAUCGCUGCGCUUUCAGGUUGAGGCGUCUUGACGACGGAAAAAGCGGAACGAACUCCGAGCCAGACUCCCCUCAUAAGAUUCGUGAAAUGCAGAGAUAGAUUCUACGGAACUCUUCGUGAUCCAGCUGUAACCUUAUUGUCUCAUAGAUUUUUGCACUGAGUGUAAUCUAAAAGGGAAGGCGAGUUCGCCGUGUGUCACUUUUGAUUGUUGCUUUGAACAAGCAAUUGAAAGGCAUUGAGCCUUGAGCCUCCAGGUUGCUGAAAGGUAGAAGAGCUGCAUCAGCAGACAAUCUAGACUCUUCGACGAGUCUGCCCUUCACAGACGAGCAACUGCUGACAAACUUGCUUUAGCACGUUUAUCGGAUAGCAGCAUCUCGCUAGUUGAUGAUCGACUUUAGGCGUUUUGUACUGUAAACAGACCUGGGCCAGUUGUUCAAUUCGCUGAUGGAAGCGGCACGUGCAUAGGCAGUGCAAAGCAAGUGACAACGUGCAUGUGUAUAUUUUCAUUUUACAGCGCGAUCUUAGAGCGAGAAUUAGUCCUCCCAACU